AUGGAGUACGCGCAAUACCAGCAACCGGCGCAAGCCCAGCACGGACAUAAUGGUGGACACAUUCAAGCCGGGUACCCAAAUUCUGGGCAACACCCAGCAGGAACUACCAUCACAUCUCCUUCUCAACAACCAUUACACCCACAACAUGCUGUACAUAAUCAAACGUCACCAAUACUCUCCUCCCAACCCCAGCAGCCGGGGCAGAACCAAGGGCAUGGUAUUCACCCGCAAAUGAACUAUCAACCCGCCUACGCGCAACCUGGUAUGCACUAUGGCAUGCCUGGAAUCACCCCACAAGCGGCCGCAAUGGCAGCGACUGCUGCUGCUUCCGGUCAAGGCUACUCAUACUCGAUGCCGGAUGGCAGCAUACCCCAAGGGUCCCCCAAGAUGGGAUCCGGGAUCAAGCGCGAACGAGGACCGCGAUCGCCACAACAAAUCAACAAUCAAAUGAACCAUGCGCAAGUCAACCAAGGCCGGAGAAUGAGCAACCAGGUGGGCAGUCCGGCGGUUCCAAAUUCACAGCCUAUCAUGAACCACGGCGCGCCUCGACCCUCAGUGCCCCCAAUGGUCAAUAACCAACAACAUCCUCAGUCACCCGAACUUGUCUCUGGCGCAGUUGAAGAAUCUCCCUUGUAUGUGAAUGCCAAGCAAUUUCACCGCAUCCUAAAGCGCCGCGUUGCGCGACAAAGAUUAGAAGAGGCUCUGCGGUUGACUUCCAAAGGGAGGAAACCAUAUCUUCACGAGAGCAGGCAUAAUCAUGCGAUGAGGCGACCGAGAGGACCCGGUGGAAGAUUCUUGACUGCGGACGAAGUUGCAGAGAUUGAGAGGACCAAGGGCGAUGGAGGAGAUGAGAUGGACAAAGUGUCAUUGGAUACCCCCGCAAAAGGCAUAUUGAAUAGCGGGAGUGGAUCAGGAAAUAAGCGAAAAGCCGAUUCAGACAACACGACGCCCAGCAAAAAGCUUAAACAAAGCAACGGGCCACCCGUCGGUCGAAGUAGCGCUGAGGAUGAAGACGAAGAUGAUGAGGAUGCAGAAGAUGAUGGUUGA